AAACGCACCAUUUGAAAACGUGCCUUCAAGGGGGCAGGUGCAGUUUGAGUUGAUGCCAAGAUGGCGGAUUCUACUAGGGAACGAAAGAAGUCUAAAAAGCCAUCAAAUACCAACUUUAAACAGCAAAGAUUAAAGGCAUGGCAACCUAUUCUGACAGCGAAGACGGCAUUGCCUUUGUUUUUCAUAAUCGGAGUUGUGUUUAUACCCAUUGGGUCAGUUCUCUUGGCCGCAUCCGACAACGUUCAAGAAAAGUAUGUUGAGUAUACAAAUUGUGAGACUUCAAAUGGUGGUCGAUGUGACAAGUUUCUUGAAAAUGUGACCAACACAGGGAAGACUUGUGUCUGUACAGUGAAGUUUAGUCUGUCUAAGGCAUUUAAAGGAGAUGUGUUUAUGUACUAUGGCCUGUCAAACUUUUAUCAGAACCACCGGCGCUAUGUUAGGUCCAGAGAUGAUCUUCAACUCCAUGGAGAACUGAAUGGCAAAGUAUCAUCUGACUGUGAUCCAUUUGCAAAAGUCAAUGACACCCCUAUUGCACCUUGUGGAGCUAUUGCAAACAGUCUUUUCAAUGACACUUUUAAAUUGACGUGGCUCAAGAGCUCUACAGAGAAGGUCAAUGUCAAUUUGACAUUUAAAGAUAUUGCUUGGAAGUCGGACCGAGAAGUCAAGUUUAAGAAUCCUUCUGGAAACCUCAAAGAUGCUUUCAAAGAUUAUACAAAGCCACCCAACUGGCCAAGACCUGUGUAUGAGUUAGACACAGAAAAUGCAGACAAUAAUGGCUUCCAGAAUCAGGACUUCAUUGUCUGGAUGAGAACAGCAGCCUUUUCAACAUUCCGCAAGCUCUACCGAAAGAUUGUGCACACAGGAGAGUUUGAGAGCGGCCUACCGGAAGGAGACUAUCAACUUGAUAUCAACUACAAUUUUCCAGUGACUUCAUUUGAUGGUGAGAAAAGAGUGAUUUUGAGUACCACCUCAUGGAUUGGUGGUAAGAACCCAUUCCUUGGCAUUGCAUACAUCACUGUUGGUGUUCUCUGCCUUGUUCUGGGAUUGUCUUUCUUGAUCAUUCACCUCAAGUUUGGAAAAAGGGAUUAUACCAAUUCUGAUCGUGGAAUGCAGCUGCAAGAGAUGAGAAAUUAAACUUUCUAUAAGUAACUUAACUUUCAUUUAAAUUAUUGCAUGGUUUGCUCAAAAAUCCUUAAAUUGCAUCAGUUCUGUAAUUUUUAAAUAUCCUGAGCCUGUGGUUAAAAUUCUAGCAUUUACAUUGUAAUCAUUCAGUUGGAGACUACUGAGUUGUACAGUACUUUCAGGAGGUUGGAUUUUCAGUAGUUAUUUGUGUAUUUUCUUUGUUGAAGAUAGACACCCUUGGUUGUGAAAAGUUAUUGUAGUUGUUACAGUGCCCUGUUAUGUUUGUCUGAUGAUAACUGAUCAUUUAAAUUUCAAGUAAAGAUAUUGUUUUCAGACUCUGUAGUAGACAUAAUGAGACACAAGAUACUGAAGCAGAGUCAGUGUUUUUAGUGAUCAAAAGCUUUCAACGCUGUCACAGCUGUGGAAAGCAAGUGUGAUCACUAAAGGCUGGUUUUCACUAGUGCAUAAGCACAAUCAUAAGCAUAAGCAUAAGCAAGUGAGAUCACUACAAC